AGGCAGCAGCGCGGUUCCCCGCCGAACUCGCGGCGUGCCACGAUUCCCGCGCCCUCGUCUCUUAUCCCACCGGCACCACCAGGGCAGGGCCGAUGGUUGACGCCAUCGACGCCAUGCCCUCGCGCUCCACCUCCGCCCCGAGAGCAGCGCGCACCGCCCGGAGAUGUCGUACACGUUCCCCACGCAGCCCAUCGUGGCGCCGGCGAAGAAGAAGGACGCCCGCAAGGACGCCGCCGACGCCGCAGAGAGGCACUGCAGCCCUCUGCCGUCGAGGGAGCACGGGAGGGCGGCCGUCGCCGUCGACGGCGACAGGGGCAGCCAGUACGCGCUCAAGUGGGCCGCCGACAACAUCCUCUCCCGCGCCCGCCCCUUCUUCCUCGUCCACGUCCGCCGCAAGCCCACCUUCCUCCAGGGCCCCGGCGGUAAGCAGUUCGCCAUAUCACACGUGCAGGACGACAUCCCGGCCGAUCUUCACGCCCAGAUGGACCUUCAGGCGAAAGAUCUGAUGAUCCCCUUCCAGUGUUUCUGCAGCAGGAGAGGGUUGCAAUGCAGGGAAAUUAUCCUGGACGGAACAGACGUGUCGAAGGCGAUCGUCGAUUUCGUCGCCACCAACAAGGUCGACAAGUUAGUGCUGGGCUCAGCAUCCAGGAACGCCUUUACAAGGACGAUAUGGAAGCUGGACGUGCCGACAUCCGUGACGAAGUCCGCGCCGAGCUUCUGUUCGGUCUACGUGAUAGCGAAAGGGAAGAUCUCGUCCUUCAGGCCCGCCACCUACGCGAACGAGACAAGCGGCAGCAGGGGAGAUCCGGAACCUGAUCACCCGCCUGGGAACAGCCUGCCAGUUGGUGAACCGGCUCACAACAAGCCAGAAAACGGGCACGGCGGCAUUUCGAGGCCUAUCCCAGUACGUGCUUCGACGCCCACCCAUGGUGGCAGCUCCGACGAACCGCCGACGGAAGACGGAGGGAGCUUCAUGUCAUCAGACCAGACAGCGUCUUCAUCAUGCCCCAGUGGUGGAUCUCUAAACGACGUCGAUCAGCAUGGCUACAGCCCGCUGUCGCCAACGGACGAGGAUGAAGCCGAACUGAGCCUCUUUAGGAUUGAACGUAAGCAGCAGCAGCAGCAGGAUGGCGAUACUGAUACGCUUCCGUGGAACUACCACGCGGAGGGAUUAUCGGAGCAGAGGGAGAUGGGCAGGACCCCAGAAAGCUCUCACAGGAACAGACCGGAGGCGGCGGCGGCGGCAGAAGCAGAAGCAGAAGCAGAAGCGUGUUCUCAGUCAGCAAUCGGCCCGAAGCAUAAGCCUUCGAGCCUGGACACUCUACCUCAUCAGCGUGGAGAGGAGUUCGCAGACUACGACUCGCAGGACAUCAUCCAUCCGAUCUUGAGGCGCUGGCCGCCGAUUUGCUCGCCUAGGGACGACAGCAGGGGCGGGUCGUCGUCGGCUACUCCGGAAGAGGCUCGCAAGCUCGACCUGAAGCUCAGGGCCCUGCCGAGGCCGAUCGAGACCAAGAGGAUGCUGGAGUGCCUGCCUACCAGGCUCGAGUGCAGGAUAUUCACCGCGGACGAUAUCGCGAACGCGACCAACCAUUUCGCCGAUGAGCUCAAGAUCGGGGAAGGAGGGUAUGGGCCGGUCUACAAGGCCACGCUUGACGACACUCUCGUGGCCGUCAAGAUCCUCUACUCUAAUGUGACGCAGGGACUGAAGCAGUUUCGACAGGAGGUUGAGCUGCUGAACAACAUCCGUCACCCGAACAUGGUGCGCCUGGUGGGGGCGUGCCCGGUGUACGGCUGCCUGGUGUACGAGUACAUGCCGAACGGGAGCCUGGAGGACCGGCUCUUCUGCCGCGGCGGCACGGCGCCGCUGCCGUGGCGGCUGCGGUUCAGGGUGGCCGUGGAGAUCGCGAGCGGGCUGCUGUACCUGCACAAGAUGAGGCCCGAGGCGUUCGUGCACCGCGACCUCAAGCCGGGCAACAUCCUGCUGGACGCCGCCUUCGCGGCCAAGAUCGGCGACGUCGGGCUGGCGCGCAUCAUCCCGCGCGCCGUGGACGUGGACGGCGCCGCCACGCAGUACCGGGAGACGGCGGCCGCCGGCACCUUCUGCUACAUCGACCCGGAGUACCAGAAGACGGGGCUGCUGUGCACCAAGUCCGACGUGUACGCGCUCGGCGUCAUCCUCCUCCAGAUGGUCACCGCCCGGGAGCCCAUGGGGCUGGCGUACGCCGUCUCGGACGCGCUGGAGGAGGGCACGUUCCCCGACCUCCUGGACGGCAACGUGGCCGGCUGGCCGGUGCCCGAGGCGCAGGCGUUCGCCGAGCUCGCGCUCAAGUGCUGCGAGAUGCGGCGCAGGGACCGGCCGGACCUGGAAACCGUCGUCAUGCCCGAGCUGGUCCGCCUGCACCGCGUCGUCUCGCCGUCCGAGUAUCCCUCGUCUUCUUCCUCGCUCCCUCAUUCCAUGGAUCAAGCUCAUCACCGUUCAGCGAGCAACAAGGAUUUGCGGUUGGAUAAUGACCUGGUUGACAUUCUGAGCGAGGGAAGACUGAAGGGAGGAGCAUCAUUUGCCAUGUAACAUGCAUGAGACGAGGGCCACAAUGUCUACAUAUAACUGCUUCCCACUGGAAUAUGUUGCUGUUCUAUACAUCUUCUGUAAACAUUUAUACCACCAGCUUAGCCUGGAAGCUUUUUAUGCAUGCCUGGCCAUUAUGUUUGACGCUUAGAUUAACCAUCAACCUGUAAACCAAGAACAAGUUUUUUCGUGUGUGUGUGUGAAUCAGGGGAGGGGUUGCACCCUGCUACUGUCUCUCAUGUUUGUCAGUUCAUCAGGAAUGGAAAUUCUUUUGUGCCUGGCAAAACAUCAUGGUAGAGCUUUCCACGCAUGUAGUACGAAGAUGUGCAUUCGGUGGGCAUCAGCACCAUAGCCCAUACACCAAGCCGCAAGCACGCAUUCAAUGAUGAAAACCAAACUACAGUGGCCAUGUACAGUGUCAGUGCACUGGAAUGGAAUUCAAACAGGCGCAACACAAAACCGGAGGCCCUCAGACAGAACACCAGCGAACCAUAAACGCAGUUGAUAGAGAAGUAUGAGUCAACAUAAGAUUAAUUAAUAAGGCAGACAUUCUGCAUCUUAAACGUCAUUCCUCCCAUUCCCAACAAAGUCAGCAAGAAAAUGCAAAACCCCAGGUACAGCACAACCAUUUCACUGACAACGUCCAUACGAAUCUGCUUCAUCCCACAGAAAGGCGCAUUCCUGGUCCAGCCUGACAAUCAUCCUUCGAGCAGCCACACGCCACAAAAUCCACUAUGCCCCAGGCUGACCGAACGAUGCGGCUCAUUGAUGCUCUAAGGUUAACAUGGACGGUACAGAUGAUAGCACGGUAACCUACUAUGGAGCAAAUGUAAAGAACGGAAAAAGAAAAAAAGAAAUUGCCCAUUAACUUAACCUACUGUCAUUGAAAAGUUAAGUUUCAAUGAAGAUGUGCAAGUCAAAUACUUCAGCGAAAUUUCCAAUGAAGAAU